AUGGGUGAGAUCAUACAAGUGAGGAAAGAUUUAGCUGUAGCAUGGCUUGUAAUUGUGAAGGGGCUUGUGCAGUAUCCUGAUCCUGAUGCUGGGAGAGCAGCAAGUUUCAUUCUUCACAAUGACAAAUUCAAAGCCAUUUGGGAUUGGAAAAAAAAUGGCAGUCAUGCUGUAGAAAUAGUGAACAUCAUUGGGAAAAUUGACUUCCCCACAGAAAAUGGCAUGAAAAAAGAAAAGACAAAGAAAGAAAAAGACUCUGACGAUUCAGAUGAUUCAGAUGAUUCAGAUGACUCAUCCGAUGAAGAGGAAGUCAAAUUAGAUGACGAAAUUUGGGAUAGAUUUGCUGACUGUGUCGGUACACUCCUGAAACAAUUUCAACUACACAAGAUUGAUGACAAACUUGGACCAAGUGCGACCGAGCUGACCAUAAGUAAAAUGGAGAAGAAGUCAGCCUUCCUCAACAGAUUUGCUGAAUGUUUGACAGGAAACCUUUGUCUGAAGGUAAAUUGCACAAGAAGAGGUCCGAUUACUGGUUUGGAUGAGCUUAUUACCAGGCAUGAACUUAUUGCUGGAUAUGGGCUUAUUACCAGACACUGA